GCCAGCGUGAAAGAACCAAAUUGAGCAUGGAUGCAUGAAAAACCAGACCAUCCGAUUUACUUAUCACCAGCCUAUAUAAACCCAGCCUGCACAUGCCAACACUUUCGACAAUGGAUACAUUCGCAGAACCAUACACGCGCGCAGGAGACGACAUUUCACUUGAUUCAGUUCGAGACCAUGUCAGAUCACUCGAAGCACGACACAAAGCCAACGGUGUUCAAUUAUCAGGCCGUAUCAUUCACGUCUGCCAUUAUCUUCCUGUAACUUGCACCAUCACCUCAACCUCUACAAGAGAUGGCAUACUCAGUCCACCUCCUACACCUCCACGUAUUCUUUCUGAUGUACCACCAAGCCCAUCCGCUGAUGUUCCUCAAAUCUCCCUGCCCACUCAACCAGAGCGUUGGAAACUCGCUCCACGCUACGGACACAGCGCGAUGACAAGCGGCAUUCGUAGUCUUAGCGUCACCCACGAACAGCUCAUUCUUGGGUGGACAGGCGACAUUCUAUCACCCGUAGCUCCACCCGAUGGCAAUGACGCUGACGUCAAUCCCUCCACCGGUGAACACAUCCCUUCCGUUCGAGACCGUAUCCCAUCUUCUCGCAUUUCUCAAGAGGACAAGGACGCCCUCGAUGUCGAGCUUGCUCGUUACACUGACAAGAACGCAAUUGAACCUGAAACCAGCAAGCCAAUCACUUAUCUUCCGCUCUGGAUGGAGGACAACGUUGCACACGGUCAUUACGAUGGGUAUUGUAAACAAACUCUGUGGCCCCUCUUCCAUUACCUCCUCUGGCAGGACGUAGCAACAGAACAUGCAAGUGCUGAUGCUAAUUAUGAGUAUUACGAGCAGGCCAACCAAGCAUUUGCAACCCGCCUCGCCAGCGUCCUCAAACCAGGCGACCUCGUCUGGGUCCAUGACUACCAUCUCCUUCUAGUCCCCCGCAUGCUCAGAAAUGCAAUGCACUCUGGCGCUGUCAGCGGCGUGGGUGGGGAGAAUGGCGGAGACGUCAUCAUCGGUCUCUUCGUACAUACCCCUUUCCCUAGCUCAGAGGUGUUCAGGUGUUUACCACGCCGCAAAGAAAUCCUCGACGGAAUGCUAGGCGCUAACCUCAUCUGCUUCCAAACUUACAGUUACACCCGCCAUUUCACCUCCACGUGCGUUCGUGUGUGCGGGUAUGAAACUACUAGUAAGGGUGCUACCACUACGUCUACCGGUGCGUCCCGGGGUGCGAGCGUUGUUCCAACUGGGGCUGAACCCACACGCGGAGCGAGCCUCGUGCAUGGAAAAGGUGGAGCAGGCGUUGAGAAAUACGUCGGUAUUGAUGUGCAGGGACAUAUGGCUGCUGUUACACAUUGUCCAGUGGGGGUGGACGCGGACAGGGUUGCGAGGGAUACCCUCCGCCCAGGCGUCCAACCAAAACUCGAGGCCCUUCGCGCGCUCUACGCAGACAAGAAGAUCAUCGUAGGAAGGGACAAGUUGGAUGUCGUGAAGGGGGUCUUGCAAAAGCUCCGUGCAUUUGAGAAACUCUUGCGUGACUACCCAGAGUGGCAGCGCAAAGUUGUGCUUAUUCAGGUGACGUCACCUGCGUUAACAGACUCUCCAAAGCUUGAGCGUCAAGUAUCGGAACUCGUCGCUCAUAUCAAUGGGGAGUAUGGGAGUUUGGACUUUAUACCCGUACACCACUACCACCAAACCCUCAGAAAGGAUGAAUUCUACGCAUUGCUGAGCGCUGCAGACCUCGGGGUGAUCACGCCCCUCAGGGACGGAAUGAACACGACCUCGAUGGAGUUCGUGAUUGCACAAGAGCGCACAAAGCACUCGCCCCUCGUAUUGAGCGAGUUUAUGGGCAUCAGCCAGCACAUGGCUGAUGCGCUCCAGGUGAACCCUUGGGAUCUUGGGGAUGUAGCAGCUGCGAUGAACCGCGGGUUGGUCAUGUCGGAGGAGGAGAAAGCUUCAAGGCACGCGGCGUUGCACUCAGUAGUAACGACCCACACCUCGCACACGUGGGCUGCGGUCCUUGCCAAGAUGCUGCUCUCGCAGAUCAACGGACAGAACACUGCACGUCAAACGCCCUACAUCCCAAGAGACAGUCUCAAGCGGCUGUAUGAUAACGCCGGAAAGCGUUUGUUCUUGUUCGAUUACGACGGCACGCUCACGCCGAUCGUCAAGAUGCCUUCAAUGGCGGUUCCUUCUCCUGAUGCGCUUACAGCCCUUGCGAAACUUACAUCCGACCCUAACAACAUCGUAUACAUCGUAUCCGGCCGCGACCAAGCGUUCCUCGAGGAACACCUCGGCCAUUUUCCGCGUCUCGGGAUGAGCGCAGAGCACGGCGGAUUCAUCCGUUUGCCUGACAGUGCCGUGUGGAUGAAUUUCACUGCGAGUCUGGAUAUGAGCUGGAUGGAGGAAGUAGCGGAAAUUUUCAGGUAUUAUACGGAGCGUACGACUGGGAGUCAUAUCGAGAUGAAGAAGAGCUCGAUUACGUGGCAUUAUCGAUCGACUGAUCCCGAGUGGGGACAAUUCCAGUGUAGGCAGUGCCAGGAUUUAUUGGAGAAUAAUGUGGUGCCCAAGAGGCCGAUCGAGGUGCUCGUGGGUAAGAAAAAUCUGGAAGUGAGACCUAUCGCCGUGAACAAGGGGGAGAUCGUCAAGCGUAUAUUAUACCAGAACCCUGGAGUCGAGUUCAUAUUUUGCGCUGGUGACGACAAGACCGACGAAGAUAUGUUCCGCGCCUUACUCCUUUUCUCCCCUUCCUCCAUCGGCAAAGCGACGAUGGAGCCCCCGCUCUCUGUGACGCUCGUCGACAAGGCAGAGCACAGCGACGUCGAGCUUGCCGUGUCUCCCGAAGCUGUGUUCACUACCGCCGUUGGACAUAGUAGCAAGCGAACGCUUGCGAGUUGGCACGUGACGACGCCUUAUGAGGUGGUAGAGCAUAUGUUAUUUUUGGUCGGGGAGACGCCUCAGGGGGAGGAGCUGAAGGGGUAUCUGUGAGCCCGAGUCGCGCUACUCGGUAUGGUUUUUUUUUCAUCUUGAAAUGGUGUUUUGCCAACGUGCUUAGAACGUUGACGUGCUCGACUCUUAGAAUGUCCAUAGACCAAUGAUGACUGUUUGAAAUGUCGUACUUAAUGGCUCGGAUGCAUCUCGCUCGCGGAACUAUCAUUGCCUCAGUUUAUAUCGAGAUUGAAGUGAGGACAGGAUGAGAAGGAAAUGAAGUAGUUUUUGUCUCCAUCCUGACCUUCGUCUCUUACGGAGACAUAUUUCGUGAGCGGCGAAAUGUUUUACUCGUCAACGUCGAUCCUCCCACGUAGGUAGAGUUUUAUACACCUUUUACAAUGCCUAGCACCUGGUUUCCUGG